AUGUUAUUAAAUAAAACUACCUUAUUUUCAUUAGCAACUUGCUUGGUUUCAAUUUAUGCCGAGAGUGCACCGGAGUACCAUAACAAUCCCAGAGUUGUCGCUCAAGCAGGAUUUCCAUCGUAUGGUAAGAACAAAAAGUUUCAGGGUUUUGUCAAGUUUUUUUCAACCGAUGGUAAAGUUAAGGUUCAUGUUGAUGUGACCAAGUUACCUAAAAGAAGAGGGCCAUUUUAUUAUCAUAUUCACGACAAACCGAUUCCAGAGAGUGGAGACUGUGAGGCAGCUGGGACUCAUUUCAAUCCAUACAAGGCCUCACCAGACUGUGCUGCAUUUCCUACAGAUGAUUUGUGUCAAGUUGGGGAUUUGAGUGGGAAACAUGGUUGGAUUGAUACCACAUGUUUUGAACAGUCGUAUAUCGAUCCGUAUUUAUCAUUGGAUGCAAAGGACCCAGGGUAUUUUGUGGGCAAAUCAGUUGUUUUCCAUUAUAAGAAAAAGUUGAAGAAGUUUGCCUGUGCUAAUAUU